CAUCACUCAUCACACACAUCACACACCCAGGACAAACAACACAAACCACCGAGAUAUCUAUCUAUCUUUCCUCUUAUUUUUCUGUUGCCGCCAUCCGCCGUCAAAGGCACAACUCGAGCGAUCCACAGUUGACGAGGACCGGUAUCAUAUUGGUACCUGGUAUAUUUUCUUGCGCUCUUUGAUUUUGAGAGCCCUUGACAGUUCUUAGGUUUUAAAAGCAAGAUCAGGUAGCUUCCUUGAUUGGUAUCAUUAUUUCAGGACAACAAACCGUGUAACCAUGCCGAACCCCCUGAGGAAAAUGAAAGAGAGCUUUGGAAGCUCCUACAAGAAGGAAAAGGAGAAGGAAAAAGAAAAAGAAAAGGAAAAGGAGGAAGGGAAACGUGAUAAUAUCUCGCCGAGAAGUCGAAAGUCAAAACUUAUACCCAAAACAGAAGUCCCUCCUGCUGGCGAUGAAUCGACUAAGCGAUCCAGUCUGCCUAAGCUCUUGUGGUCAUCCAACAAAGGCUCCAAUCGCGAUAUGAAUGAUUCUUCGCGCCAUGACGGUAAGGGGAGCGAUGAGGAAGAACAAGCCAGCAGUGGUGACUUGGGAAGCAGCGAGACCGUACAACAGAAAACAGAACAAUCACAGCGCCGACAGACGGUUGCCGUCAAACGAGGUAGUGUGGGCCAUACCAUUGCCAAUAACGUGGGUAGCGUCAUGAUAAACACUGCCAUGGCGCCAAUGGUAGCAGGAAAGGUUGUCUUCCAAGGAAGCGUCAAGGCGGUGCAGGCCAGUGUGAACGCGACACAGCAUGCGGUAGAUCAGAGUAUUUCCGUGGCUACCAAGGCAGUCGAUGCCGGCACUCAGGCUGUCACUUUCGGGGUAACUGCUGGUGCGAAUACUGUCGUUUCGGGAAGCAAAGCUGUUGGUACCGCUGUUGGCAGUACUGUCGUGUCCGGAAGCAAAGUCAUGGGCAACACGGUUGUGUCUGGAGGCAAAGCGUUUGUAGGAGGGACCACCUCAGUUGUGGAAUAUUCCGGAAAAGCAGUCUUACACGGGACCCGGGGCAUGGUCAAGGGCAUGAAAUCCGCUGUCAACUUGGGCAAAUAUUCUGGUGUGAAUCGAAGUCAAGAGGAGAAAAAAUCUAAAUGGGAGCAGGGUGUCGAAGUCAUCGAGUCGCUUCUGGAACCGGGUAGUGACACUUAUGAGGCCAUGACAGAGGAUCAAAGAAAGAAACUCCGCAGCGUCAAGAAACUUUUGAUCACUGGGCCGAACGGAGGUAACAAAAUUGCACAUAUUCCUCGUGACCUCAUCAAGAUGAAAAAUAGUACCAGCACCCACUUCUCAGGAGGAAAAGAAAGGCGAUUGUCCACUGGCAGCAAUUUCAUUUUGCAAGAGUAUGCUGGCCUCAGGGACGGCGCUCUCUUGGGUGGCGCUUCGGACCUCGACGAUUCGGUGACUGACGAGGAGGAGUCGCUACCGGAGGAAGGUGCCAGGUCUCCCCCGAGGUCCAGAUCAAAAUCUCCAAAACCAGAAGGCGGGAGGAAAUUGAAGAGACGUGGUAGCGACAACGACAAUAGUUUUGCAAGCCUUGCAAGUCUCUGCCGUUCCUUAGAUGAUUCCACGGAAAAUAUAGUGGACUACGUGCCUCCCGAAUUCAAGAUGCUGGAUAGGGAGGAGCAAAUGAUUGUUUUCAAUAUGCUCAAAUGGGAGUCCAUCGGCAAAUGGAAUUUCAAUAUCUUUGAUCUCAACGAAUUCACACGGGGAAAGCCGCUCGUUUUCGUGGGAUGGGCAAUCUUGGGAUCACCAUACUCACAAAACGCAAUGGCCGCCGAGCUGGGAAUUCGAAUUGAACCUGGGGAGAGUAAGGGAUACCCGUUUAUGGACGAUCUGUUGAUCCCACCCAGGAAACUCUGCGAAUACUUGAGAGUCAUCGAGAUGGAUUAUCAUGCCAACCCCUACCACAACGCUGUCCACGCGGCUGAUGUCAUGCAGACAUUGCACGCUCUGAUUCAAAAAGCGAUCGACGAACCUUUUCUCGACGGCUGUCCGGACAUCCACUUGUUUACAAUUCUCCUAGCGGCGGCGAUUCACGAUGUCGACCACCCUGGCAAAACAAACGCCUUUUUCACCGCCAUGAGAACCGAGUUGGCCGUCAUGUACAAUGACAGAUCCGUGCUGGAAAACUGGCAUGUCGCUCACGCCUUCGCCCGCAUGCUAGAUUUGGAGCUCGCAGGUUCCAAAAGCAUUCAUGCCAGCCAGGUGCUUGACGACAAGAAAAGCGAGGGAAAAAAGGAUUGCGAAACCAACAUUCUGUGCAAUGCCACCCCGGAUCAAUUUAAAACAAUCCGCAACCUGAUGAUUGAAGCUGUUCUUCACACCGACAUGACAAAGCAUUUCGAAAUGGUUAACUCUGCCAAGGGUCUGUUGCGUCAGGAAAUUAAUGAAGAUAACUCCUGGAAGGUGUUGAUGUUUAUGUUGCACAUGGCUGAUAUUUCGGGACAGGCCAAGCCGGACCCUCUGUUCAAGUUGUGGACCACGCGCUGCAUGAAUGAAUUUUUCUCUCAGGGAGACGAGGAAGCAUUGCUAGGAUUGCCGAUAUCCCCUAAUUGUGAUCGAAAUACCACCAACCCAGCCGAGUCCCAAGUGGGCUUCAUCAAAUUUGUGGUAGAACCAGCUUACGAGGUUCUCGGGAUGUUUAUUCCGUUUGUCGGCAACAAUGUCCUGCAACUCAUUGACCACAACCUAGAUCAUUGGAUCCAUGAGAUUUCAGACAUGGACGAGUCGGCAAUGGGAGAUUCGGAAAUGGGCAAUUCAUCGCGAAGAUCAUUGGUGCCGGUCCAAGAGGACGCCACGCCCGAAAGCAUCACGGUGCCCUGCAUGGACGAGAAGGAAGGCAACGAAGCUGCCGGGAAUCAACUUGAGGUACCAAUUGAGGCGUAAAAAACAUGUUGCGCACUAGCGAGUAGGACAUCAACGGGGGGAAACCGCGACGCGCCAUGAUCGAAAGCAAAAAAAGCUGGCCAAUGGCUGAGUUGGGCAACAAUAAACGUAAGAGUGUGCCAAGCCUAACGAGAACCAAAUAUGUUACCAUCGGUUCAUCUGUGGCAAUACAAUUGCUCUAGUUAAGUAUCUUAUUUAGAAAUGCAUGCAUGUUAUC